CUCCAGGCGGCAGGAGCCGGAGCCGCAGCCGGCGCGGGCCGAUGGAGGCGGGCGGCGGGUGCGUGCUGUACUUCGCGUACGGCAGCAACCUGCUGCGGGAGCGGCUGCUGCUGCGCAACCCCGCUGCGGCGCUGUGCGCCCCGGCGCGCCUGCAGGAUUUUAAACUUGAGUUUGGCCAUCAUCAAGGCAGGACAAGUUCUCUCUGGCAUGGAGGGACAGCUACCAUUGUUCAAAGCCCUGAAGACGAAGUAUGGGGAAUAGUGUGGAAAAUGAAUGCUAACAAUUUAAGUUCACUGGAUAAGCAAGAGGGAGUUGAAGAUGGCAUUUAUGUCCCAAUAGAAGUUGAAGUCCGUACUCAAGCAGGAAAGGUACUGACCUGUCGAAGCUACCAGAUGAAGGACUAUGUCUGUGGUCCCCCCUCUCCUCAAUACAAAAAGGUUAUCUGCUUGGGUGCAGAACAGAAUGGCUUGCCAGCUGACUACCAGAAGAAAUUAGAAGCUAUUGAAACAAAUAACUAUGCAGGGCCGGUGCCAAUCAUGGAAGAGAUUGAAGCUGCUAUUAAAGCAAAUAAAAUAUGAUCUGCAUAGAAUACCUCUGCACUUGCUUGGCCACUCACCUUGAUUUAGAUACCUCUCCUCACUAUGCUGAUCAUCAGUUUCUCUAUUUAUCAAGAAAAGAUGAGUUUGCUGUGUAUCUACAGUAAGCCAUUAGACGUAAUUUGCAGCCUGGAGACAUGCUGACAUUGGUAACUUCUUCAUUUUGUAUGUAUAGCUUGGCUACAUACUGAUGUUUUUGCAAAUUAUCUUUCUGUAUUUGUCAUGCAGUGCUGCACAUAAAUUUGGGCUUGGUGUCCUGUUUGCUGACCUUUUUUAGAAGAAAAAAGGCCCUCUUGAUGAGUAUUGGCAUCUGUUGCCUUCUGCAGAGUAAGGCUCGUUGUUCUUAAAUGCUGUAUACAUAAUUAUCAAGAAUUUCAAACAUCGGUUAGAUGGCAAAGUAGACUCAAAACUCUAAUACUAAUUCAUGGUAAAAUGGUAAAAUUGACAGCCUGGAAGAUGUCAGACAACUGACCUUUGGCAUAUCUUCUGUACAGUGAUUUUUUUUUCUCUUGAUGUACAGAAGGAUGUAAGAUAUUGGUGUCACUGUGACUGCUUAGAUAAUCAAAUGAUGAAGUAACAGACUUACCAUGUCUCCUCUGCGUAAUUUUUUUUUCUGUACGUUUCUGCCAGGGAUCUAUAGGUGCUGUCCUGAUGUAAUAUGCAAGUUUCCAGGGUUGGACACCGUGACUGCAGUAAAACGUGGUACUUUCAGUAUUAGCACUUGUCUAGUCUGAAACAGAAGUAAAUAAAUCUUGGGAUUACCAAA